AUGAGGAUGAUUAUCCUGAUAUUUUUAUGUUGCUUGGUUAGAAUUGGAAUUUCAGAAUUAGAAUCUCAGUUAUUUGAUCUACCAUCAUUAAAUGUGAAGACCAACCAGUUAUACCUUCAUAAAAAGAAUGCAACCAAUUUAACAUGCGAACUGACUGCGGGUUACUCAGAAGCCCGUAUGCAGUCAGUGAUAUGGUUGAAGGAUAAAGAAUUUAUUGAUAUUAAUGAUACGGAUUAUGAGUGGAAAGGUUUUAUACUAACAAUUCAUGGAACACGACCGCAGAAUGAGGGAGAAUAUCAAUGUCUUGCGGAAAUCAAUAAGAUACGCUUAUCAAAUCGUCAAUUGAUAACAACAACGAUUAUUUCCUCUCCACUGAAAAUUCGAAGGGCAAGAUUUACGAAGUUUGAUGAGACAUACGUGAAUCAUGCUGCAAUCACAGUUCGAGAAAAUGAAGUGGCACGUAUACCAUGUGCAGGAAUGCCCGAUGUUAUCCCAUCUCCUGCAACACUUUGUUUUCAACGGCUGGAAAGUGACGAUGAGUGUUUGGGAGGGAGAAAUGACACUAAAUACUUUAUCAGUGAGACUGGAAUGCAGAUUUCUCUGGUGACUCCUUCAGACGCCGGAUUUUAUCAUUGUGUGGUCACAAACGAAUUCACAGGUCAAACCAGAAAAAGUCCCAAGCCUGUUUUAAUAAUUGUAAAAGAAACGAAUUCCACCAAAAAAACGGUUGGGGAAGUUAUCAAACCCGUAUUAGUGUAUCCAUCCAAAGAAACGACAAUCGACAAACCAAUAGAUUUGGCAGUGGCUGAAGGCGAAGACGUCAUACUUGAAUGUGUUAUCAAUAUGGCGAAAGUUGUUUGGAUCACACAUAAUGAUACCACUCCAAACGUCACAAUGGAUGAUAAUACAUCUAGAUUCCAACAAAUUUGGGGAAACCUGAGAAUCCGGAGUGUGGCGUUGGGAGAUGCUGGAAUAUACUCUUGUCUUGGCUUACCGAUUCUUAGUGUGAAUGAAUCAUUUGAUGGUAAUCGAACAAGACCAAGAGUUGAUUAUAACCUGGUGGUCUACUCACCUUCCGGAGUUCGCUUAUCCAUUACGGCUCAGUAUGAUAAACGAUAUAUGUUGGAAUGCCUGGCGACAAAUUUACUUUAUGAAAUCCCAACAGCUUAUAUCAAUGGAACCUCUAUAGUUCAUAACAUUAAUGCGAUGGGGAUACCUAGCAAUACGAAUUUCUAUACCAACCCUAUCAGAGUUCAUAUGGAAGUGAAAACCUCAUUUACUGGAAGUAUACAGUGUGUAUCCCGACCUGCAAUGGUAGAAGGAGAAAUAUAUGGAUAUGGUUUGGAAAGAGGAAAAUCUAUGAAUAUGUACGUAAUGAAUAUUCAAAAUUCGAAUGAUUUGAUCAUCAAAGGACCGCAUAAUAUCACCGUCCAUGUUGGGCACACUGCAGAUUUUCCGUGUAUAGUGCAGAGAGUGAAGGCUAGGUCCUGGAUGAAGAACAACCGCACAUUGACAUUGUUCACUGCCAGACGAACUAUUCUGGGAUCCAAUUCUUUAAGAAUCCAUAAGGUUGAACUUGGAGACGAAGGAAUUUAUACAUGUGUUGCUCAAAGUGAAAGUGGUCACACCAGUCGGUCAUCCGCAUAUCUGACUGUUAUUGAUAACUCUACUACUACUGCUCCAGUUGUAACAUCCACCGAACCGUUCUUGGAUAAAAAGAAAGAUAUGAAAAUUGAUGUAGAGGAUGUGAGAGGGUUUGUGACAGGAACGGAAGUAAGGAUACAAUGGUCUGUGUUAGGAAAGAUGGAAGCUCUUACGAAAGUUGCCAAGUUUUUAAUCGAAGCCCAGAGGUUUGGGACUCCUGAAGAUUCUUGGAUUGAAGCGGAAACUGUGGAUUCUCAUGUGCGUGCUACAACCAUCAAAUCCCUUAUUCCCGACAACAAAUAUAAAUUCCGCAUCAAAAUGGUUCGAGACGAUGGGACCCAUGUUGUUAGUCUACCCACUGAUUUUAUGAGUGUUGAAGCGACCAGUGGAGACGUCCUUCCUAUGUCACCAAAGAUUCUAUCCGUCUACCAAACAUCCGCGGAUACUGCAAAAGUGCUCUUCUCACAUAACGUUCUUAUUGAAAACGCCGCCGCCAGGACGUUUGUGAUCAUUUACAACGAGGUGUCAUCAGAGCAGAAUAAAUCACAAGUGAUUCAAGUGGACGGUGAUCAAACAGAUGCAACUAUUACCGGACUCACCUACGAAACCGAGUAUUUGAUCCGUGUACUUGCCGAGAAUUCAGCUGGAAAGAGUUUGAGCAGUCCCGAGUAUCUGUUUGAAACGACUCAUAGCGGAAUGUUGUCAUCAGUGCGGAUUUUCAUCGGAUCCAUCGAACCACAUUUGACAUUCAAGAAUAUCGCUCUCGGAGGAAUUAUCACAUUUUUGGCACUGAUUGCAGUGCUUGUUUGUUUCUUCGUUUUCUGCAAUCUACGCCCAGGAAAACAACGACAGAAGAGCCAAGCUAAUGGAAAGUUCUUAGACACCUCCUACCGCAUCUUCAACGAACAAAAAGUGCACAAAUCUCGCGGAUUCGACACCCAGGCCGGAAUUCUGGAGCCCGACGUUGAUGAAUGCUCUCCGUUGAAAGUACGACAAGUCGAUGAGAGACUUUCGGGUGACUCGGAUAAAUAUGGGUUCAACAAUCACGAUGAGAACUUGCCAAAUUUAUAUGGAAACAUGGAUGAUAUUAUGGAUAUGGAGGAACAAGCGGAGAUUCCGAAUGAUCCAACUUAUGUCUCAGCAUCCAAGAUGACCAAUGACUAUGGUGUUCACUCAACAGCUAGAUGCUAUUCUCCGGAAAGUCGUACUUCUCAUGAAAUGCUUGUUUCAUACUCAAGAAGUGCGCCCCACUCAACUGCCAAUAGCUCAUCUCCACAGAUGAAUGGUUCAAUGCAACGUGUCAAAGCAUACAACUACGCGGACUCUCUUCUCUACUCGCCCGCUGGUACAACAUCUUCAAUCGCUGAGACUAAUAGCAGUGGAACUGGUCCAAUUAGAGCUCACUGUGACUCACCGAACACGGCUCCAGCAAGCGAUGAAAGUGACCAAGGAAUCAGAUGUGGUGGAUCAUCUAGAAACAGUCAUAUUUCCUCAACUGACGGAGCUAAAGUUAUGACUAUGGGCACAUUUAAAGGAUCGACGCCAACAAGUUCAUUUGUUAGUACAUUUGACAGAAGACGCUCUGAAAAUGUUGCUUGA